UUGGAUCUCCAGCUGUUGAACUUGACGCUUUCGAGUGGAGCUACUUUCCAGCGGCGGAUUUACAAAGAGAGCUUGAACCUGCAGAGAUGGGGGUCAAAGUUUACUACACCACGGUCACCGCUUCACGGACGGUGAAGUCUCAACAAGCCGAGGUCCUCCGGAUUCUGGACAGCAAAAGCAUUAAAUACGAGCUGAUCGACAUCUCUGUGGGCGGUGAGCUACGGGAGGAAAUGAGAAGCAAAGCGGGCGACUCCACCGCAGCCCCGCCUCAGUUUUUCAAUGAGGACCAGUACUGUGGGAACUAUGAGAUGUUUUCAGAGGCAGUGGAAGCAGAUACAGUGGAACAGUUCCUGAAACUGGCAUGAGGACGGCGCUCCUUCUAAAGCCGAACCCUCCACCCGGAGCCCCGUCACUGACAGCGUCUGCACCCUCUCUACGCCAUCACGAAGAAUGCCAAAUAUUUUGAAUCAAUCUAAAGAAAAACAUUCCCCUCUUUACUGAAAAUAAGUCUUAAUCUAUUUUUUUUUUUUUUAGAUCCUUACACCUGUUAGACUAAAAGUUAUGAAGCAGCUCCAAAUCCAGCAGGAAUCAAUGAGGUUAAACUAAUCUUAGCCAUGGCUGCUGGAUGGCUGGAGAUUAAACUAAUCCACUGGAUGAUAAGAAUCAAAUCAACUUUCUGUUUCUAACCAUCAUCAUCAUCAUUAUGAGUUAGCCGCCUUAAUCAGUAUUUCAUCACUUCUACACCAUGAUCCACUGAAGGAACACAAACCCUCAAAGUUUAAACUCUUAAAGUUUGAUAAAGUCUGUUACUGAUCCAAAAUAAGUCACAUGUACAUGUCGGUUUUUCUUUUUACAUUACAAUAAUGUAGCAUUUGUUUGGACCAAUCGGCUUCAACUUUCACAACCAACCAAAGAAACGGUCAAACCAAUCAGCAUCUUCUGAUUUCUAUUCAAAGCGGAUUUUCUAUUAAAGUAAAAUGCCUGCGUUCUGUCAAACCAACAUACCUAUAGUCAAUACGCACGUGCAAGGCGUCAGAUUUGAGUUUAUCCCUGUAGUUUUGUAUGAAAAAUACACUUUAAACUACCUCAAGGGGCGUGUAUUCCCUAGUCAUGGACAAAAAAACAAUUUAAUUACGUAGUUUUUGGUGUUUUUUGAAGCGUACGGCGAUCUGAGUUUAAAUUGUUGGGUUUUUUUUGUACUUGACACACCUGUCGAGGUAGUUUAAAGUCUAUUUUUUAUACAAAACUAAAGGGAUAAACUGAAAUCUGACGUCUUUCUCAUGCAUACUGACUGUGGUUGUGCUGGUCUGACGGAACACGGGAUCCUAACUGGUUCCAAAGGUUUGUUUUGGUCCUUUAAAAGCUAACACCUGGAAAGAAGGCUGCUUAAAGUUUGCCUCCAUCUCAGAGCCGUAGUGCCAAUAGAUCAGCUCUCUAAAAUCUGCAGUGUUAGCGUGUUUCCUACCCGCUCCUUUAACCUCAUAGCUGCUACUUAAAAUGGUGAACAAUGACGGAGUGUUUGACACAACUCAGUUUUAAACUUUGGGAAACUUUCACCAACUUUCUCAGCACAUUCCACAAAUCGACCUCGGUUGAAGUAUAACCGACCGUUUCCAUGCUUAGCAGUUCCUCCGCCUGUUUGCACCCCCCCCCCCCCCUCCAUUCCUUCUGUAAACAUGUCUCCUGUGAUUUCUGUGCAUUGUUUGUGGAUGUAUGCCUGCCGUUGAUGUACGUUCACCAUGAAUCAUUCCUUAGACAUUCCACUCUGUGUUACUUUUGGACCAAUUCCCCUUGGCCAAAAACAAAAGAAAACUGUUUAAAAUAGGGACUAAAAAGUGGUUGUCUUCCAAGAAGAUUGUGAGAAAUGAUUUAUGGGUUGAAAAUAAAGAAGUUAAAAAA